CUUACCAAGACACCAACUACAACUUCCGAUCGUCUUGUGUGCGUGUGUGAAAGAAAAAUACCGGUACCGUUGGUUGUCUCAGUUCAGUCGGCCUAAAGAUGUCUGACGAUGAAGGGCCACCUAUGGUGAAGAAAUCCCGCAUUUUCUACGGGAGCUUGGCUGAAAAGGAGAAGGAACGGUUGGCAAAGGGAGAGAGCUCACUAGGGAGGACGGCAGUAAAAGCUGGCAUAGAAUCUGGAAAUAUUAAUAUUAGUGGCGGAGAAUCCUUUGACCUUGAGGAGCACAUUAGCGAGCGCCAAGCGGAAGUGCUUGCUGAGUUUGAGCGCAGAAAGAGAGCUCGACAAAUCAACGUUUCAACUGAUGACUCUGAAGUAAAGGCCUGUCUGCGAGCACUCGGAGAGCCAAUCACAGUCUUUGGGGAAGGACCUGCAGAGAGAAGAGAGAGAUUAAGAAAUGUCCUGUCGGUGGUCGGCACAGAUGCUUUAAAGAAAACUAAGAAAGAAGAUGAAAAGAGCAAAAAGUCAAGUGAGGAGUAUCAGCAGACUUGGUAUCAUGAGGGUCCCAACUCACUGAAAACUGCUCGUCUAUGGAUAGCAAACUACUCUCUCCCUCGGGCUCUGAAACGAUUGGAAGCCGCCCGCGAAUAUCGAAGUAUCCCAGAAUCCACCAGAACAUCCCAAAAACAGGAACUGCAUAAAUCUCUGAGGUCUUUAAAUAAUUUUUGCAGUCAGAUUGGUGAUGACCGCCCACUUUCCUUCUGCAAUUUUAGCCCUAAUUCCAAGCUCUUGGCUACAGCCUGCUGGAGUGGACUUUGCAAACUUUGGUCUAUACCAGACUGUAAUCUAAUCCGAACUUUAAGAGGGCAUAACACAAAUGUAGGGGCGAUUGUGUUCCACCCCAAGGCCACGUUGUCUCUGGAUGAGAAGGACGUCAGCCUGGCCUCCUGUGCAGCCGAUGGAUCUGUCAAGUUAUGGAACUUGGAGAGUGAUGAACCGGUCGCAGACAUUGAAGGGCACAACAUGCGAGUGGCACGAGUGAUGUGGCAUCCAUCUGGACGGUUUUUGGGUACCACAUGUUAUGACCGAUCCUGGAGGCUUUGGGACUUGGAAGCCCAAGAGGAAAUCUUGCACCAGGAGGGUCACAGCAAAGGAGUGUAUGACAUUGCUUUCCAUGGGGACGGGUCACUGGCUGGGACUGGGGGCAUGGAUGCUUUUGGUCGAGUAUGGGACCUGCGCACAGGCCGCUGCAUCAUGUUUCUAGAGGGUCAUCUCAAGGAGAUCUAUGGAGUCAAUUUCUCACCCAAUGGGUUCCACAUGGCUACAGGAAGUGGUGACAACACCUGUAAAGUAUGGGACCUUCGCCAGCGGAAAUGUAUUUACACCAUUCCUGCCCAUCAGAACUUGAUCAGCACGGUCAAGUUUCAACCCACCAACGGAAACUACAUACUGACUGGGGCCUACGACAACACAGCUAAAGUGUGGACUCAUCCCUUGUGGGCACCAUUGAAGACCCUAGCCGGUCACGAAGGGAAAGUCAUGGGACUGGAUAUAUCAUUGGAUGGAGAACUCAUAGCCACAUGUUCAUAUGACAGAACUUUCAAGCUGUGGAUGGCAGAAUAAAUUAUUUAGUAAGACUCUCCAAGGGAAGUCAAACCAAUUCAUUGAAAUCCUUUGGAUACACGGAGAUGUAGAAGUUUUGUGAGCGGAGAAACUUGUUUUGUUUUUAUAUACAUAUACAGAAUUCUGUUUUUACAAAUGUAAUUAAAUAUUUUCAUAUUCA